AUGGCCAGCUACGGUGCACCUUACGGAGGAGGUACCGGCCAGCCGUACCAGGCCAACCAUGAUCCAGCAUCCAAUGAUCCUCGCUCACAACCGAAUGCUCUUCAUUUCCCCCCGUCGAUAAGCCCGCAACCGGGUUACCAACUCCCCGGGACAAAUCCAGGCGCCCAACAGGCCUACGCCACUUCGCAGCAGCUGCCCUACUCCGGGCAGGUCCCAGGGUAUGCGCCUGUACAGCAAGAUGCCAUGAAUGGCCUUGCCGCCCAGAUGGGAGGGUUGGAGAUGUCGGCCGCGCCCGCACGAUCUCAUAGAAAAAAAGAGAGGCACGCAUACCAUGAUAUAACGGCGGCGCCUGGGCUCUCCUCAACUUUGGAGAACGGGCCUGCAGGUCCUACAGGAGGAUCGCAAUUCCUUGGCGGAGGCCCUGAAGCCGGAUCAACUGUUCCUGGCCAGCAGCCACAGAAUUCCUUCGUAAAUCCUGCCGAUAAGUUGCGGAUGGGAGAGGAGGCUGUGGCAACCCAAGGUCGCGUCGAUCCAGAGCAGAUCCCUAGUGUGGCAAGAUCAAGAGAUGUCGCGACGCAGUAUUACCAGGUUAGCGUUCAUCCUACCAUGGAGAAGCAUCUGCCACCUCCGGCCGCCGUCUCCUUUACAGCGAUCGAUCAAGGGAAUUCCUCUCCAAAGUUCGCGCGACUGACCAUCAACAACAUUCCUUCGACAGCUGAGGCACUCGCGUCGACCGGGCUCCCCUUGGGUAUAGUACUGCAGCCUUUUGCUCCCCUGCAAGAAGGAGAGCAGCCGAUCCCUGUCCUUGAUUUUGGCGAGGCUGGACCCCCUCGAUGUCGGAGAUGCAGGACAUAUGUCAACCCUUUUAUGAUAUUCAGAGCGGGUGGAAGCAAACUCGUCUGCAACAUGUGCAGCUUUGCAAACGAUGUUGCCCCAGAAUACUUCGCACCUACAGAUGUGGCCGGGGUGCGGGUGGAUCGUUUACAACGACCCGAACUCAUGAUGGGUACCGUGGAAUUCGUCGUACCUAAGGAAUACUAUACUAAGGAACCGAUGCCUAUGCGGUGGUUGUUUCUGAUCGACGUCACGCAGGAAGCAGCCAACCGUGGGUUUCUUGAGUCCGUUUGUGCUGGCAUCCUGAAUGCUCUCUACGGUGACGGCAAAGAGACUGGCACUGACGAGGACGCGGAUAAUUCCGCCAAAUUCCCUGUUGGAGCCAAAGUCGGGGUCGCUACAUAUGACAAGGAGAUCCAAUUCUACAAUCUCGCACCUGGGCUGACCACUGCGCAAAUGAUGGUAGUGACCGAGCUUGAAGACCCCUUUGUGCCUCUGGCGGACGGAUUAUUUGUCGAUCCACAAGAAUCGAAAAGUGUCAUCACCUCUCUUCUCCAGUCGAUACCAACUAUGUUUUCGAAUAUCAAGAACCCCGAACCUGCUUUACUACCUACCUUGAACGCCGCGUUGGCUGCUCUGUCCUCUACUGGAGGCAAAAUCAUCUGCUCGUUGUCGACACUGCCAACUUGGGGACCGGGGAGACUCCACCUGCGAGAUGACGGAAAAGGGCGUGACACAGAUGCCGAGAGAAGACUGUUCACAACAGAGCACCCUGGCUGGAAGAAGACCGCUAGUGCAAUGGUGACAGCUGGCAUUGGCGUCGACUUUUUCCUCGCAGCCGCUGGUGGUGGAUAUCUGGAUGUUGCAACAAUCGGGCAUUUAUCACGCCUGACCGGUGGAGAAAUGUUUUUUUACCCCAACUUCGUGUCGCCGCGAGACUCUUUGAAGCUCAAAACCGAGAUUACACACUCAGUGCACAGAGAGACAGGCUAUCAAGCAUUGAUGAAAGUACGAUGCUCCAACGGCCUGCAGGUAUCCUCCUAUUACGGCUCUUUCCUCCAACACACCUUCGGGGCAGAUUUGGAAAUCGGUACAAUCGACGCCGACAAAGCCAUUGGCGUCACAUUCUCUUACGACGGCAAGCUGGACACCAAAUUGGACGCUCACUUUCAAGCCGCCCUUCUUUAUACUUCGGCUACCGGGCAGAGAAGAGUGAGAUGCAUUAAUGUGGUUGCGGGGGCUAAUGAAGGUGCCGCCGAAACCAUGCGCACCGUCGAUCAGGACGCUGUCGUCAACAUUAUUGCCAAAGAAGCGUCGCAAAAGAUAGCGGAAAGGUCCUUGAAAGAUAUCCGCGCCAGUAUCACGGAGAAGACGAUCGACAUACUCGCUGGAUAUCGAAAGAACUUCUCGGGGUCCCACCCACCGGGACAGCUAGUCCUACCAGAGCAUCUCAAGGAGCUCGCCAUGUACACUCUGGGGUUGAUAAAGAGUCGAGCUUUUAAAGGUGGCGUCGAGCCCACAGACCGUCGUGUGCACUCGGCUCGAAUGAUGAGGUCUUCUGGAGUCACCGAGACAGCUCUCUACCUUUACCCUCGAAUCUACGCUCUCCACAAUCUAAACCCGGAAGACUGUUUUGCCAACCCGGAGACUAUGCAAUUAGUUGUCCCCCCGUCGGUUCGAGCAUCCUUCGCUCGUGUCGAUGAAGGCGGAGUAUAUUUGGUGGACAACGGACAGAUUGUCCUCAUCUGGUUCCAUGCUAAAGUGUCCCCCAAUCUGCUGCAGGAUCUCUUUGGGGAGGGUGUCAACAACCUGCAAGAUCUCGACCCGAUGUUGAAUGAAAUUCCUGUUCUGGAAACCCACCUAAAUGCCCAAGUUCGCAAUUUGCUGCAAUAUAUUUCGACGAUCCGGGGCAGCAAAGCUGCCGCCUUCACGCUGGCCAGACAGGGGCUUGAUGGUUCGGAGUUUGAGUAUGCCCGUAUGCUUGUGGAAGACCGUAACAACGAGGCGCAGAGCUACGUGGAUUGGCUUGUCCACAUUCAUCGUGCCAUCCAGUUGGAGUUGAGUGGACAGAGAAAGAAGGAAGACACGGGCGACCACGAAAGCAUCUUGAAUAACUUGACGGGCCUCAAGGCACCGUAUUGGACAUGA